AGCUGCGGGAGGACGAGGUCGGAGCGGAAGAGUGGACAUGUCCACCAUGGGCUGGUGGUGCUGCCGGGUGCCCGGGGCCGUGUGGGGGCAGUAGACUGUGCACGGGCUGCGCCGUGGCUGACCUUCGGCCGGGGGCGGGGCGGUGCCUUGAGGUGCGGUGUGGCGAGCUCUACCCUUCUCCGAGACGACUUGCAAGAGGAAGAGGGACUAGGUCCAAACGCUAGGUGGCGGUGUCCAGGCAGACCUACAUGGGAAAGGAAGCCGUAGUGAGAGCUCGCUUGAAUGGACAACGAUAAGGAACUUUUGCUGCAGAGUGCCUCUAUUGUCCACAUGUACCUGUUCAUGGUUGACUGGACCACACUGGACGCAUCAGCCUAGAGCAGUGGUUCUCAAAGUACAGCUCCUGGUGUGCUUCCUGGAUGGCUGUUUCCUGGGGAGCCACAGACCUCCUAAAUACCCACCCCGGAAAGGCUGGUGCAUUUCUCCCAGUCACCCCAGGCUUGAGAACCACACCCUAGAAGGCAUCGAGCUGUAGUGUGCACUCAUAAUGUCGGAGUGGGGGUGAGCAGAGGCACGGGCUAGCCCAGCUGCUAGUGUUGGGAACCUGAGCUGGGAGGUGAGGCGGGCCCAGGCUGGGACAGCACUUCCCUCCACGUGGUGCUGAAGGAGAGAAUGUCGGUUUGCAGAAAGAGGCAGGAGAAAGGAGCAAACAAGAGCAGAGAAGAGACCGCACACCCUGCUGUCCCUGAGAAGCGAAGAAAGUAACGUCCUCGGUUCGUGACUUUAAAGCUCUCAAUUCCAGCCCCCUUUAAUGAGGUCCCUGGCAUUUUGACUCUGUUCCUGUGGAUAAGAACACUUGUUCUGAAGUUCCAGAAAGGAUCCUAUUCCCAAACAGACAUUAAAAAAAAAUUCUUUUUAACUUACUGGUUUUUCCUUUUAAAACAAAAAGAAUUUUUGCUGCAUGUGGUUUUGUUCUUCUCUGGAAGUAAAGCCAGAAGUACAAAACUGUCAGGUCCCUGAGUACUGACUGUCCCAGGCUGCCGCGUCUUUCCUGUUGACUCAUGUUGGGUUCCUCCAGUGAAAAUUUUCCUUAGAGAGAUGCUGCCUCCAAAGUACUUGUCUGCCACCAAACCCAAGAGGUCUUGGGCCCCAAAUCUGUGUGAGCUAGACAGUGACUUGUCUCAGGAGCCGGAUGCCGCCAUAGGAGAAGCCGCCACUGACUCUGAAUUCUUUCAUCAGAGGUUUCGGAACUUCCUCUACGUGGAAUUUGUCGGGCCUCGGAAGACCCUGCUCAAACUCCGAAACCUCUGCCUCGAUUGGUUGCAGCCGGAGACUCGCACCAAGGAGGAGAUUAUCGAGCUCUUGGUCCUCGAGCAGUACCUGACCAUCCUUCCAGAAAAGAUCAAGCCUUGGGUGCGUGCAAAAAAGCCAGAGAACUGCGAGAAGCUCGUUACUCUGCUGGAAAAUUACAAGGAGAUGUACGAACCGGAAGACGACACCAGCAGUGACGCCCACAGCGAAGGCAGCAUGAGCCGGAAGGCAGCAGAGGCCCCGCCGCCACACUCCGCCUGCUGCAGUGACCGGGACUGGGACCGGGACUGGGACCGAGACUGGGACCGAGACUGGGAGCGAGCCCGCGAGCGGGAGCACCGGAAAGGCAGAGGCAGGGACCUGGAGUCCCGGGCCCGCUGGCCGUACGCCCGGAGCCCCAGGAGCAGGUUUCAUCAGCGGGAUCUUUCCCUUCCCCUGAUGGAGAAAGUGGCUUUUGCAAAGGAAAGAGAGCACAAACGUCGGGACUCUGUGAUGGAUUACGAGACAAGAUCACAGGAUGCGGUGUCGUACCAGGAUGUGGUGGCCCUCACCGAGGACCGGAAGCCCCAGAACCCGGUUCAGGACAACAUGGAGAACUACCGGAAGCUGCUCUCGCUGGGGGUUCAGCUUGCCGAGGACGACGGCCACUCGCACAUGACCCAGGGCCACUCGUCACGGUCAAAGAGAAGUGCCUACCCGAGCACCAGUCGAGGUCUGAAAACUAUGCCUGAAACCAAAAAGUCAGCCCAUCGGCGGGGGAUCUGUGAAGAUGAAUCUUCCCACGGGGUGAUAAUGGAAAAGUUCAUCAAGGACGUUUCGCGCAACUCCAAGUCGGGAAGGGCAAGGGAACCUAGCGAUCGGCUGCAGAGGUUCCCCAGGAGGCCAGACAGUGACUGGAAGGAAGUUCCAUUCAACAAGAGGGAGUCGGUGAUUCAGGAGAGGGGCCAUGAAGGGAAUGCCUUUGGGGGAGGAGGCUUUAAUUUGAACUCAAACCUUGUUUCCAGAAAGAGAGUUCUUGAGAGAAAAAGGCGCUAUCAUUUUGACACAGAUGGGAAGGGCUCCAUGCACGGUCGGAGAGGUGGUGCAAGGAAGCGGCCCUUUGAGCGCAGCGAGGUGAGGAAGGCCGCUAGUGGGAGCAGCCUUAGCGCGCCGCCCGUCCCCCAGUUGCAGCCCUUUGACUUUGGGGCGACGCCCUAUGUGUGUGAUGAGUGCGGGAGGUCCUUCAGCGUGAUUUCGGGGUUUGUGGAGCAUCAGAUCACGCACACCAGGGAGAAUCUGUAUGAGUACGGCGAGUCCUUUCUUCAUAGUGUGGCCGUCAGUGAGGUUCAGAAAAGGCAGGCCGGAGGGAAACGCUUUGAAUGUAAGGAGUGUGGGGAACCCUUCAAUAAGAGCGCCGCCCUGGCCGAGCAUCGGAAAAUUCACGCUAGAGAUUGCCUUGCGGGGUGUAAGGACGAGGAGUACGAGGAGCCCUUCAUGCCCAGCCCAACCUUCAGGGAGCUCCAGAAGAUAUACGGGAAGGACAAAUUCUAUGAAUGCAGGGUGUGCAAGGAAACCUUCCUUCAUAGUUCUGCCCUGAUCGAGCACCAGAAAACCCAUGGCCGAGAUGACAAAGGUAGUGAGCGUGGGGAAGCCUUCAAACCCAGCCCAGCGCUUAACGAGCUGCAGAAGAUGUAUGGGAAAGAGAAAAUGUACGAGUGCAAGGUGUGCGGGGAGACCUUUCAUCACAGCGCAUCCCUGAAAGAGCACCACAAGAUCCACACCCAAGGAAACCCAUUUGAAAACAAGGGCAAAGUGUGUGAGGAAACCUUCAUUCCUGGUCAGUCCCUUAAAAGACGCCAGAAAACCUACCCAACGGAGAAGGCCUACGACUUCCAAGAUGGUGGGGAUGCCUUUAGGCAAAACUCAGACCUCAUCGAGCAUCAGAAAAUUCAUUCUCGGAAGAACCUCUUUGAAGGCCGGGGGUACGAGAAGUCUGUCAUUCACAGUGUGUCCUUCCCCGAAUCUCAGAAGAGUCACACUAUAACAAGGCCACCUGAGGACGAGGAAGACGAGAAGGCAUUCACUGUCAGCUCCAAUCCUGAUGACAGCCGGGAAGCCCUGUCCUACGAGAGGAACCCCUAUGAGAGGUCUUUCAUUCACAGCUCAGCCUUCCCUGGGGCUCAUAAAAGUCACAGCAAACCGAGAGUGAUAGCAGAGGCGACCGUUCAGAGCUCGGGUGCCACCGAACACUGGAAAGUCCACGCUGGGGAGAGCACCUCUGAAAGGAAGGGGUAUGAGAGGUCCGUCAUCCACAGCCUAGCUGCUUUCAGGCCUCCCCGCGGUCGCGGUGGAAAUGAGCUCCUUGGCUGUGACGAGCAGCAGGAGUCCUCCGCUUACCUCUCAGACCCUUGUGGCCAGCCGCAGAAGACCCUUGCCCUAGAGAGCCCCUAUGCAGGGGGUAAGAACAACAUCUUCAAGGGCUCUUUUGUGCACGGUGCAUCCCACACCGUAACUCAGGACAGUCUCGCUGGGGAGGGCCCCAGUGGAUGGAAGAAGGAUGGUGAACCAUCUGUUCCCAAGUCAGAUGUGCGCGAGCAUCAGAAGGCUCGUGCUAAGAAGAAGAACAUCGAGCGUAGGAUUUAUGAGACCUCUGUAAUCCACUCCCUGCGUUUUGGUGAACCUCAAACGUUUCACCCGAGAGAGAAGUUUUACGAAUGUCCGGAGUGUGGAGAGUCCUUUGUUCAUAGCUCCGACCUCACUGAGCAUCAGAAGAUUCACGAUAGAAAGAAGCCCUCUGGAAGUGAAAACUACAUACGAUCUGUCAUUCGCAGCAUAGCCUCCACGGAUCCUCAGACCAGUUAUGCGGGCCAGUCAGCACAGAUGAGUUACGCUGAAGAGCCAGCUCAGACCAGUUAUGCUGAACCACCAGCUCAGACCAGUUACGCUGAACCACCAGCUCAGACCAGUUACGCUGAACCACAAGCUCAGACCAGUUACGCUGAACCACCAGCUCAGACCAGUUACGCUGAACCACCAGCUCAGACCACUUACGCUGAACCACCAGCUCAGACCACUUACGCUGAACAGCCAGUCCGCAAUGAAUGUAAGGAGUGUGGGGAGUGUUUUGCCACUGUUGAAGACCUUGGCAUACAUCAGAAAAUCUAUGCCCGAGAGAAAUUCCAUGGUGGGGAGCUGUUUGGAGACUCUGUGAUUCAGGGCCUUGAUGGACCUCGACAGGAAGAGCCUCGGCAGGAAGGGCCAGACGAGCCAGACGAGCCUGAAGACACCAUCUAUGGGUGUAAGGACUGUGGGCUGGGCUUCGUGGAUCGCACAGACCUCAAGGACCAUCAGAAGGUGCACGGCAGAGAGUACCUCAUCGACAGCCGCGAGUACGCGCAUUCUGUGACGCACACCCCUUCUGUCAGCGAGUAUCAGAAAGAUUACAUUGGAGAGCAGCUUUACGAGUGCCCGGCAUGUGGGGAAUCCUUCGUUCAUAGCUCAUUCCUUUUCGAGCAUCAGAAGAUCCAUGAGCAAGACCAGUUUUACGGCCACAGGAGGUAUGAUGAACCCUUUAUGCAGCCCUUGGUCAUUAGCCCGCAGCGGCCUCGGGCCCCACAGAAGAGUCCUCCUGCUGGGACGUCCCUGCAAUGCCAAGUGUGCGGACAAGACUUCAUCCACGGCUCUGUCCUUAACGAACACAUGAGAGUCCACGCUGGAGACAGCCUGCUGGAGCAGGGCCAGGGCAGCACAGAUGCGGUCAGCCCAGGCUCGGCCCCCACAGACCUUCAGAGAGACCAGGCCAAGGACAAGCACUAUGAGUGCGCGACCUGUGGAGAAUCCUUCCCCAGCCAGGCCGACCUCCGGGAGCACAUGAGGAUUCACGAGAAGGACAAGCCCUACGACUAUGGGGCCACCUUCGUCCAUACCUCCUUCCUCACCGAGCCCCCCAGGAGAGAUUCACCCUUCUAUGAGUGCAAGGACUGUGGCAAGUCCUUCAUCCACAACACAGUCCUCACGAAGCAUCAGAAGCUGCACCUCGAGGAAGAGGAAGCAGCAGCAGCCGCCCAGGAAGUUGAAGCCAACGUCCUCGUUCCACGGGAAGUUCUGCGGAUCCAGGGAUCAAAUGUGGAGGCCGCAGAGCCGGAGGUGGAGGCCGCAGAGCCGGAGGUGGAGGCUGCCGAGCCCAACGUGGAGGCCGCCGAGCCCAACGGAGAGGCCGAGGGGCCGGAGGGGGAGGCCGCCGAGCCCAACGGGGAGGCCGAACAGCCCAACGGAGAGGCCGAACAGCCCAACGGGGAUGCUGAUGAACCAGACGGGGCAGGGAUCGAAGACCCAGAGGAAAGAGCCGAAGAGCCAGAGGGAGAUGCGGAUGAGCCAGACGGUGCAGGGAUCGAGGACCCAGAAGAGGAAGGUGACGACCAGGAGAUCCAAGUGGAAGAGCCCUACUACGACUGCAGGGAGUGUGGCGAGACCUUCACCUCCAACUCGGCCUAUGGUGAGCACCUGAAAACCCAUGCCAGGGUGAUAAUAUUCGAGCCUGGAAGCGUCUACGGGGAAAGCUCCCACUACACCGAGCACGCCAGCACCAGCAGCAAUGACAGCGGCAGGGCUGAUGACAAGUACUUCAAGUGUGACGUCUGUGGGCAGGUGUUCACUGACCGCCUGUCCCUGGCCAGGCACCAGAACACCCACACCGGCUGAGGACUCAGGUGUCAAGGUUGGAAAACCUUCACUAGGACUGGACCCUUACUAAACUACAGAUAAUUGGAACCAACCCACGAUGAUGUCGGAAGGAGGCUUCCCUUGGCGUAUACACACCUGACUUUGAACAUCAGACAACUCAGCCUGGAAAGAAACUGAAGGUGGAGACUCCUUCGGACUUAGCUCUUCCCCAUCAAACAUCGGCGUAUGCAUGUGGGAAAGCCAUAGCACACGUCUUACCUUCCACCCGAGUAACUGCAUUGACGGAAAGCUGGAGGGGUUUUCAAGGCUACAGAAAUGGCCCACAUCUGUAAAUGACACUCCUGGAACCUAUAUAUAAUGAAUGUUUCCUGAGAUGUAUAUAGAAUAGCAAAUCAUAGCAAACAGUACUCAUAUUGGGACUUAAUAUGGUAUCCAGUUACAGUUCACUUGCAGAGGUACCUUCCUUACCUGGUACUCUUUGAUUUUUUUUUCUUUUUUUUUUUUUUUUUUUUUUUGGAGGAGGAAGAGAGCAACAAAUUAGAAUAUAUUUGUAAGCAUCUUAGAUCCUUCGAAAGAUUUAUUGUGCGUUAUUUGAAUCCUAUCCAUAUUUUUUUGAGUAAUUGACUGUGUUGUUCCUUACUCUUGAAUAUUCCCGUAAAGGUGUAGGCAUGAAAGAUAAAAUGUCUUUUCCGCUUUGCUGUUUGAAAGGGGAAGUACUUGGAGCUUCCUUUUCAGCCAUUUCGUCUACACUAACACUUUGGAACCUAAUGCUGUGUAAGCCUUUACGAUACGUGGAUUGGCCUUUUGUAACCCCAAAUUGAUUGGUUGCCACCUUGUACUUUGCAGUGGUUCUCAUGCAAAAAAUAGUUCCAAGUUUUGUUAUUUGUUUUUAAACCAACUUGAUGUCUGUAGGAUAGUGAAUUCACAAAAGCUGAAGCUUCUCCCUGUGCAUCUUGCGUCUUUGCCUUUCAAGAGUGGUUGCAGCCAUCCCUAGAUCGCGCGCGUGCCUGAUGAGGUUGAGAACCGUGGGGGCUCUCAUGUAAGUUAGGACGGGGCUGCUGCCUCAUCACUCCCUUUGCGCGCUCCCUGCCUUAAGCGACAAGUAGCAACGGGGCUUCGUCCGUGUGUGCCGCUACAACUCAGUUUUUGCACCCUGGGCGCCCAGGGGCGAGUAUCCUUAGAGCUUUCUAGCGUGAAACUUAAUUCUCGUCUUUACCUGUCUGACCCUAAACCCCGUGUCUAACUUGCAUUUAAAAAAAAAAGCUUUCUUUACAGUCAACUCGAGCUUAACGUGGACUCAGGUUCCCUAGCAGCCUUAAUUUGUUUCGUUGCCAUCUGUCCCUUCCUCUUAAAGAGUGCCCCCCUAAAUAAGCAGUUGUCACCUAUCCUUUAGAGCGUCACGUCUGUCUAGUUGCCUCAGUUGCCCGUGUGAUCACAAGUCGACCUCGUAGCUCGAGGUUUCCUGUGUCCUGUUCUGUGGACCACCUGUGCUCCCUUUGCUUCCCCGCCCCUUGCGUAAUGACUAUUAAGAACUCUUUUUGGCUUUGAGUUGGCUGGAAAAAAAAAAAAAUUAAAAUUAAAAAAAAAUUUUAAAGAGGAUCUGGUAGAUUAAGGGAGCAGAAGAUAAGAGCUAGAUUAUUUGGGCGAGCAAAGUUAAAGUACCUGCUGGGGAAAUGUGUUUAAAUCUCCCGCUCCUAGGUCCGCACGGUUAGGGCUCGGGGAGAGCAUAUCGCAGCUGGAAGGAAUGCCAAAGUCGAAGGAGGUUGGUAGGGUGAGAGCAGGAAGCAGAAAAGAGUAAGCCAAAGAAGGGGGAGUCCUGAUAACGUCUCCAGACCUUGGAGGGUGAGGAAGCAGUUGGAAGCAACAUCAGGAGCGGGGAUGGGAAGGCCAGGAUGGGAAGAAUGAAUGAGCAGGGUAUCCUGGGCCUCUGAGAAGAAGGGGCCGUUUUGAUGGCAUGGUGUAGGCGAGGGCCAGCUGCAUGUGAA